UAAAUAUUUUUAAAUUAAAAUAAAUGUAAAUGAGUUAUAAAGUUAAUGUUUAAAUAAAUAUCAUGACAGCUUCUAAUCUAGAAAACAUUAUCUCGCGAGGUGAUUACUUAAUUAUUAACAAAAAUGAAACUUAUUUAAUUCAUCAAAUAUCGAAUAAAGCUUUAUUAAAGUUAGGUCGUGAUGUCAUCGAUCUGAAAGCUGCUAUCGGACAACCGUUCUCAUCUACUUACAAACUAGAGCCAGUUCCAGAAAAAAAAAGACAUUACACAUUGGUAGUAUGUAACGAUAAUCAAGCGCGUAACCAAUGGUCAACAAAUGGUUGUGGUACCGAUAAUAAACUUAUAACCGAUGAUAGUUCAUCUCAGUUGUUGAGCACUGAUGAAAUAAUAGCAUUAAAAGAAAGUGGAGAAAGUGGGCAGAAUAUUGUUGAACGAUUGUUAGAAAACAGCAAGACAUUUCAGCUAAAGACUGAAUAUGCUCAAGAAAAAUACUUGAAAAAAAAAGCCAGGAAGUAUUGUGAUUAUUUAACUAUAUUUGAACCGUCAAUACGGCUUAUUACGGAUGUUUUAUACAAGCAACAAACUCUUCCUAAAACUAUAGCUUUAAGGUUUGAUACAUUAGCUCAAAUAUUAUGUCGUGUGAAUUUGGAUCCUGGUGGCAAAUAUUUGCUAUAUGAGAAUGGUAGUCAAGGAUUAUUACAAGCGGCACUUCUUAAUCAAUUACAUGAUGAUGGACGCCUUGUACACGUAUUCUCUUCAACAUCUGAGCAAAAUGCAUUAAGAGCAGUAAAGGCUAUGAAUUUUUCUGAAACUAAAAUAAAACAAAUGUUAACCGUGAGUUUAGAUGAAAUAUUGAAUACAAAAACUGAAGACAGUAUUCCAGAAGAAAAUGAUGAAGAAGAUGUACCAAAUUUUUCAGAAGAUAAAAAAAGGAAAAGUGAUGAAGCGUAUACACAAAUAAAGAAAAAACAUCGACCAAUAACAAGUACAGAUGGUUUAGAUUUUAUAAAAUCAAAUAAAUUUGAUGGCUUAAUUGUAGUCUGCAGAGAGGAACCAAUUGAAUUUGUUAAAAUACUUUUACCAUACUUAUCUUUGUCAAGGCCUUUUGUCAUAUAUUCACCGUAUAGAGAAGUGUUAGUUACUAUGUAUGCUGAAUUUAAGAUGAGAAGAGAUGUUGUGUACCUUCGAUUAACUGAUAAUUUUAUGAGAUAUCAUCAAGUCCUUCCAAAUAGAACACAUCCUGAUGUCACAAUGGAUGAUGGAGGUGGUUUUUUGUUUUCUGGAUUAUUUGUUGCCGGAACUAAAUAAUACAAUUGUAAAUAAUUUCAUUAAUAAAUGUUGUUAUUUUACAAACAAAUA